AUGCUGUCUCGCUCUGGCGUGGUGAGGGCGUCACGCGCAGUACACCUUUCACUCCUUUGCCUGCCAUGCGGUGCGCCCCGCCUCUGGUGCCGCCGCAUGGCGAGCGCGGGUCCCACCACGAGCAGUGAGGGUGCGGCGGAGGGCAAAAAGGCGGUGCCGUUCCCCGCGAACUUUAGCGUGGACCCUAAGCAGCUCCCCGACACCAUCCCUGGCGUCUCGCGUGAGGAGCUGGCGGAGCGGCUGGAUCAGUACCAGCAGAAACUUUCCUACAAGGCGGCCCAGCUCACUUCGCGCGAGCUUGCAAACGAGAUUGAGAUGAUGCGCCGUGCCCUGCCGCCGGACCAGUUCCAGCAAUUUCUUCAUGACGUGGACUCCAUGACGGCGAAGAAUGAGCUCGAAAUGGCGCGGCUGAGUGCAAUGUCGCCGCAGCAGCUAUAUCGUUACCACCAGCGGCAGCGGCGGCGGCAGCGUUUCCAGGCGGCGGGGAAGAAUCUCUUGGUCCUUGUGUCGCUCUUCGGUACCAUUUUUUGUUUAUUUUUCUUCCUGUUUUUCUUCGGGUAG